ACUGAAGCUAGGUAGCAGUUUUUUGGGUUGAAGUGAGGAUUGAAAAGUUGGGAAAUUUCUUGAAACAAAAUGGCAAUGAGAGGAGCAGCAAGUGCUUUUGUUGGAAGACAAAGAAUCCCUCAAUCUCUUCUAUCAUUACCUCAAUGUUUUGCUCAAAAAGGAUUUCAAUUUCAUCCCUUUCCUCCACAUUCUCUGCAAAUAUUCACUCCAUUUCCUAACCAAAAAAUUGGGUGGAAUUAUCAGGUCAGGGCUAUACAGGAGGCAACCGCACAUCCUAUAGCACCCAAGAAAGGAAAGGAUGAUGAUGAACAAUCACCUGAAAAUUGGAAGAUUAAAAUGCUUUAUGAUGGAGAUUGCCCGCUUUGCAUGCGUGAGGUCAAUAUGUUAAGGCAGAGGAAUAAGCAAUAUGGUACUAUCAAGUUUGUUGACAUAAGUUCUGAUGAUUAUUCCCCUGAGGAAAAUCAAGGACUUGACUACAAAACGGUUAUGGGAAGAAUUCAUGCAAUCAUGUCAGAUGGAACUGUAGUGACAGAUGUAGAGGCAUUUAGGAGGUUGUAUGAGCAAGUUGGUCUUGGAUGGGUUUAUGCCAUUACCAAAUAUGAACCUAUUGCAACAAUAACUGAUGCAGUAUAUGGUGUUUGGGCUAAAUAUCGUCUUCAGAUUACAGGUCGACCACCUUUAGAAGAGGUUUUGGAGGCGCGAAGAAAGAACAAGGGUGAAGGAUGUAAUGACAGCAACACUUGUAAGAUGUGAAGUUUCUUGAUAUUUUCUGGUAAAGCUCUACGAUGCUGCUUCCACAUAUACCAUCACCCUGUAGGCACGGAUCUUGGAGGAGCAGAUACACAAAAAGACUAAUC